ACCCCAUAAAUAUCAGCCCCUACUUCUCCUUAUCAUCUUCUCACCCGAAACCCUAGCCCCCAAAUCAGAAAACCCUAAUUUCAACUAUUUCUCUCUAUAUUCCCAUGGCGAAGAAGCGAAAAACCAGAGCUUCCGAACCCUCACAACCAGUUGAAGAACCAGUAGAAGAGAUUAAGCAAGAACCGGAUGCUGAACCCGCACAAGAAGAAGAAUACGAAAACGAUGUCGUUGAACAAGAAGAAGAAGAAACAGUACAUGAAGAGGAAGAAGAAGAACCAGAUCCCGAAGAGGAAGAUGAAGACGGCGGUGACGAUGAUGAUGAAGAAGAAAUACCCGGAUCUGGAAAUGAUGCUGUAGAGGGUAAUAAUGAAAAGUCUGAACAAGUUAACGGAGGCGCUGAGGUGAAGAUGGAAGAAGGUAAUGAAGAGGAUUUGGAAGAUGAGCCACUUGAGAAGCUGUUAGAGCCCUUUACGAAGGAUCAACUUACAGCGCUUAUUAAAGAAGCUUUAGCUAAAUACCCUGAUUUCAAAGAAAGUAUUCAAAAAUUGGCUGAUAAAGAUCCGGCACACCGGAAAAUCUUUGUGCAUGGUUUAGGUUGGGAUACCACGGCUGAAACCCUAACGAGUGUUUUCGGAAUUUACGGUGAGAUUGAGGAUUGUAAAGCUGUUACUGAUAAGGUUUCAGGGAAAUCGAAAGGUUAUGGGUUUAUAUUGUUUAAGCAUAGGAGUGGUGCUAGGAAAGCUUUGAGAGAACCACAGAAGAAGAUUGGUACAAGGAUGACGUCUUGUCAGUUGGCUUCUGCUGGGCCGGUUCCGGCUCCUCCACCUAGUUCAGCAGUUCCACCGGUUUCAGAGUAUACACAGAGGAAGAUUUUUGUUAGCAAUGUAGCUGCUGAUCUUGAACCUCAAAAGUUGUUUGAGUUCUUCUCAAAGUUUGGUGAAGUUGAGGAGGGUCCGCUUGGAUUGGAUAAACAAACUGGAAAACCUAAGGGGUUUUGUUUGUUUGUGUAUAAGAGUGUUGAGGGUGCUAGAAAAGCAUUAGAGGAGCCACAUAAGACCUUUGAAGGGCAUACCCUUCAUUGUCAGAAGGCGAUUGAUGGACCGAAGCAUAAUAAGAACUUCUAUCAGCAGCAACAGCCUCAGUCGCAACAACAUUACCCUCAGCAUCAUCAUAAUCAGCCACAGUAUUAUCAUCAUCCUGCGAAGAAGGGGAAAUAUUCAGGUAGCAGUGCAGGAGCAGGAUCAGCUGGGCAUUUGAUGGCGCCAUCAGGGCCUGCACCUGUGGGAUACAAUCCUGCUGUGGCAGCUGUGACCCCAGCUCUUGGACAGGCACUGACAGCCCUGUUAGCUACACAGGGAGCUGGUUUGGGGAUUGGGAAUUUGCUUGGAGGUCUUAGUGGGCCAGUGAAUCAUCAGGGUGUGCCACCAGUGAUGAGCAAUGCAACAGGAUAUGGUGCCCAGGGUGCUGCUGGUGGAUAUGGAGCUCAGCCUCAUAUGCAAUACCAAAACCCGCAGAUGCAGGGUGGUGCAAGACCACAAGGUGGUGGUGCACCAUACUCGGGCUAUGGAGGUCAUUAGGAAAACUUAAGGUAUCUGUAAUGCUAUGUGGCUGUACUUCCAAGUAAGGUAAAAGGUGAUGUUCAUGGCAUUUCAGUGCAGGUGUCUUCUGUUUCCUCCAAUUUUUCCAUGCUGAUACUUGUUAUGCUUGUUUGUGCGUGUGUGUGGUGGGGGUUGGGGGUAAGAAUACAUUUAUAUAUAGAUUGAAUGCUGAUUUUAUCUCCACGUUGCAAUCACAUGAAUUUCUAUACAGAUAUUUAAUAGGUAAAGAUUUGAUUCACGGCGGGAUUAAUUUUUUUUGAAGUAUGGACUAUUGGGUUGUUUUUAACCUUAAAGUAGUGGUUGGAGAAAGGGAAAGGCAUCUUGAAUGUUCCAUAAAAUCGGUUUACAAACAGUUGUACAAAAUGACUGUAGGGAUUUCUUUUCCUCUCUUUUUCUAGGGGGUUGGGGAUUGUGCCAAAGUUUCUGCUAUUUUGAAAUUUAAAACCUGCCUAUGAAGAGGAAGGGGAAGUGUGUUUCUAUCCUAGUUGAUCUCUUUAACAUUAUCUUGUAACAUUCAUGAAGUGGUGGAAUCCAAACAAGGGUAUAUGCAAGAAUGCCAUGUAGCUUUAAUGUUUUGCAUCCAGGGUCUGAGCAGGUUGUUCUCGUGGCAUUUGAAGUAGAAGUCUUGUCAAGACGGAUGCCUGGUCAGAUAUGCAGAAUUGUUUCUACUGAUGUUUAUAGAAUGAUGGCAAAGGUGCAUAGUAUGGCCUUCCUGUCAUGAGGUGAUAAAAUUGGUUAACAUUCCACUUGUGCUUUGUCAUUGAGUAACCUUCUACCUAUUCUAACCCAGCAUGACGACUACUACUAUCGGUUGAGUUGAUCCUGUUGGCGUUGUACUCUUUCAAAACUGGGAAAAGAAUGAAGUAAAGCUUCUUGCACCACGGAAUAAUGGAUGUACAAGAAACUAACUACGAAAAUUGACAUGACAAAAUCAGGGAAGACUGGGUUUUAGCUUGGCUUUACUUUUGUCGAUCUCUAACGUUGAGUUGUUCUAGUUUUGAGUUUUCUAGCAUUGAAAUAUUAUUUGAAUUGGGUAAAUGAAAGGGGCGGUCAAUAGCUCUAA